GUCAGGCUCACUGUUAUCGAGUGGUCGUCUGUUUCAACGACAUAACCUUGUGAUAUUCUGAAAAAAGUGUAAUGAAACUGGCAUUCGUAACUGGGUCAAACAAAGGCAUUGGAUAUAGCAUUGUUGAAAAGCUUGCAGAAUUUUAUGGGACAUCAGGAGAGUGGGAUAUUUAUCUAACAGCUCGAAAUGUUGAGCUUGGUCAGGAAGCUGUGGAGAAGCUCAGUAACAAGGGCCUGAAUGUUAAAUUCCAUCAACUAGAUAUAACUGAUCGAGAUAGUCGAAAAGCGUUCCUAACAUUUGUAGAGAGAAACUAUCCUAAUGGAAUCAACAUUGCAGUGAAUAAUGCUGGAUUUGCCUACAAAGUUAACUCCACGGCUCCCUUUGGCGAGCAAGCACGAGUUACGGUGAACACCAACUUCACAUCAACCAUUGAUUUCACGGAAGAGUUCAUUCCUUUGUUGGCUAAACAUGCUAGGGUUGUCAAUGUAUCUAGUUCUGUUUCUCUAACCAGUCUCAAGAAACUUAGUGAUGAUCUUUACGAAAAGUUCGUUAGUCCAAUAAAUCUUUUGGAACUUCGAAAGCUCGUCUCCGAGUUUGUAAGGUCCGCUGAGGAUGGUACUUAUUCUGAAAAAGGUUGGCCACAAAGUGCUUAUGGUGUGUCUAAAAUAGGCCUUACAAAGGCUUCAUUUAUUUUCGGUGAAAUGCUGAAAGAUGAUCCAAGAGGGAUUGUGAUAAAUUCGUGUUGUCCUGGUUAUUGCGAUACUGAUAUGACUAGUCACAAGGGAACCAAAACAGCUGAUGAGGUCUAGCAUGCAGCCAGUAGCCACUCCUUAAAAAUAAAUGGAACACACAACGCAAGACAAGACAUUUAGAGUUGAGGCUGAACAUUAUCAUCCUGUGCGUUGUGCCACGAAGUUCGUGUUAUUUUGCAUUAAGAGCAUUUCUCAUGGUUCAAACUCUUAAUGUGAAAGUUAUUUUUUGGGUUGUGGGAAAAUGUUAAAUUGUCGUCUUCAAUAUCGUUUUUGUUAGAGUUGAAUCUACACAAAUUUGUGCAUUAAGGUGCUGAUACACCUUUUUACUUGGCCACUUUACCUAUUGAAUCAAAGGAACCAAUUAAUCAAUUCGUUUACGAAAGGAAGGUGGUCAGGUGGUCUAAAUGAUCUUCAGGCCAAUUUUACGUUUUUCGGGAAUGUAAACAGAAUGUUAUUGACUAGUUUUACUAUUUCGCAAUCUGGAUCACAAUAUUUUCU